CUUAGCUUCUUCAAAGCUGUGUGCACGAGCCGCCAUUUCUUCGUUCUAGGUAGAUUCCUCAUCUCUCAAUCUUCGGCCCCUCGUACAGUCACCUCGCAAUACCCGGCAUGGACUCGCCGCGUCCCCGUAACUGGAACCAAAAGUUAUUUGCCACGUAUUUGGGCGGGACGGACAAGGAGAUCCACGAGUUGAGGCGCGUCCUGACGCAGUUGAUGAGCGCGCAUGGCAAAUUGGACAAAGGGUACAAGUCGAAGGCUGCCAGAACGGAACUGCAAGAGUGGAUACAGUCGAACUUGCACCGACUGCCCGGCUUCGUCCAAGAUGCCUGUUUCAACAAGACCCGGAUGGACGGGCUAAUGGGGAUGGCCUAUAAGAUCAAGAACGAACAUGUACAUUAUCUUGCGGCACGCGGAAGACCGAGCCAGGCCGUCGAACACCCAUCGAGCACCGUCGACCAGGGCAGCAGCGUUGUCCCCGCAAGUCAGAGAGUCGAACGGGAGGAUAAUCGUGAGGUGGAUCGGCCCAUCAGCAGUAUUCCCAGCAAUGUGGUUGAGCAGCAUGCCAAUACAGUCGAAGAGGCCGGGCCUGCAGUCCCUGUGCAGGAGGAGACUGUCGCCGAGCCCCCGAGCAAAAAAGCCAGGACAACACCGACUCAAGCUGCUCCACUCCAACCUCCCCUGCCAGAUUUACUCUCCCGGAACAUAUGGGUUCUGAACGAAGUGAAUCCCGCUCAGCAUGGCCUUUGCUCGAUGCAAGACCUUCUUACAACCCCAGAAUCGCGCAAAAUCGAUUUCAUCCCGCGGCUCAUUGACUUGGACUUUGACCAUUGGCUCUCGAUAGUUGAGGCGCAAUGUGGCUAUGACUUUACUGCGCAUCGUUUGGAAUAUCGCCCUCCAGCGAACGUGGUGUCUCGCUCGCUGGGCCUACCACCGAUCACGAUACCAUUGUCGACUCAAAGUCAGUGGCGUGGUGCGAUAAACUCGCAGAUCCAUGCCGAAGGUGGCCGGGAUCCUGUUUUUUAUUUGGUUGCACAAUGAGAAGAUGUACAAAACCAAUCAACGCCUCCGCUACCUUCGCCUUCCUCUGCGAACAAUGCUUCCCGCGCUCGUCCCCUCUUGUGGUCAAGCAAGAAUACGUUGAGGAACAGCUAAGGCUCACAGGAAUGCAAUAAUUGAUGCUCCUGACGCAGUGCCGGGCUAUUUGGGUAUCAUAGUGGUAUCGAAAGACCAGCUGCCGAUGUGAAAAGUUCACUCACAUUCUAACACACUCUAUUCGCCUGAGCGCAGAUCGCCUUUCAUCAUAUCCCUUACGAUGGUUGUUGUUCAGAAUGCCUAGACGUAACACAUAU